AUCAAGUUGCUGUAGAGUUGGGGGUCAAUCGUACUCAAAUCAGAAAACAUGUGAAGGUAGUUAUAAUCGCCACGAAGAAAGCUCAGGAAAAAGUGGGCAAAUUGAGGAUGGACUGUAAUAGACUCGUAUAGCGACUUGCCCAGAAUCCGUCCCAAGAACUUGAARAGAUCAAUAUGAGCGAGGCCAUGAGCUGCGCCAGAAGAUGGGUUCGGAUACAUGUAAUUAUCUUCUGUUACRCGAAAUAGAGCGUAGUUUGGAUCAAAGGCAAUGGCACACAAAUCUGUCCAAAACUCUUUGAAUAAACCCCCGGCAUCAAUACCAGACUCUUUCGCGCCAGCCUCAUUGUAAUAUUGGAUAGCUAUUCGCCGGCGCAUGUCUCUACCGAGAUUAUUCAUUGUCACAAGACCRUCUUCCAGAACACGGCCGCGAGUAAUGCGAACCGGUAUACCUGGUUUCAAUGGAUUCGUGUGAAAAGGAUUCGUACUGUUCUCUCCUUGGAUUGUAACUCGGUUUGUGUAAACGAUUCGUUCGAAUAAACGCAAACGWCGCUUGAAAGAUACAAGAAACGGACAAACCCUCAAUACCGGAGCGCUCAACAAAGAAACAUAGUCACUUUCUGUCUUACAUGCUCGCAACUCUUUCUCCAUCAAAUCAUCUAUGAUCCAAAGAUUGGGCACGCAAAUCAAUCUGCGACUCGAGCGAUCGUAAAGGUCCCACAGGCAUUUCGACGAAGUCUUGAUCAAAGCCAAACCAAAAUAAUUUGCUUCUAGAGCAACGUGCUCGGAUUCUGAGUUUAAUGAAUUAGCUUCAUCAAUACAGCAUGCUUUGUACAGUAGUUGUUUCAGUGUGACUAUGCACCGCCGGAGUUGAUGUAUAGGCAGCGGUCGGUCCAUGUCAUGGAUUUCCGUGUCAUCGGUGAGAAUCAAUUGAUGCGUGAKGCUUUCAAUAAAUAAAUAAAAAACACCCARGGAAUCCUGCCCUCUUUUCUCGUAUGCCGGACGAAUUGACAUGCUUUUGAUAGGCUGCCGAUCGCAAGUGAAGGAGUUCUUUUCAGAUUGCAUCAUACUCCAGGAGAAACGCAAAAAAUCUGUUGAAAAACAAAGAACAUUCAAAAUAUUCAGUGUACAAGGUUYUUGCGAUGAAGUUGCGAUCUCUUUCUUUGAACCUUUUYUCGUUAUUUUUGUUUGACGGACGAUGUCUUCUCUACCGCUCCCACCCCAUCGCGCAAGAAUGAUUCCAUACAAACCACAGAGAACCUUGAAUAAUUCUGGACUGUACGAUGACGGUUUCCGACUAUCGGACGACGUGGUGGACAGCGAUGAUAUGGCAGCUAYAGAUUCAAAAUUYGCCGACCUACUGUCACCACCUUCCAUCGCCAACCGCCUUGAAACAGCUGACGCAUCGAUAAGUUUCCCGCCCUCGCCAGAGGARUUCUUGAUUUUGUUCCCAGCACCCUUUUGAGAACCGUUGAACAUUUUUGAAACCUUAGUCAAGCCCCGUGCCCAGGCACUCGACUUCCAAAAAGAUUUAUUUCGAUCAACCCGUGCCUCCUUCGCUGCUAAGGAUGCUACGCUGCUACUCCUUACUUCGGAUAAUUCUUUUUCCAUUUUCAGAUCCUUGUCGGUUUUCUUUUUCAAUAUCUCGUUUGUUCCAAAACGAAUUGGGUCCAUUGCACACAGAAAUAGCCUUCGGACGAAAUUGUCAGUCAGCAAUGUGCGGCAAUGUUCUAGAAUGAUAGGAGAUAUCACAACCGGAGAAUGAUGUCCACCGUCAGUGACCCACUCCACUACAGAGUCUCGAGAAGAAGAAAAGGUACUGACUGGCAUUGCAUCGACGAGCGUGGCCAGAAAUCUAAAAUAUAYGACAGAAGCUUCGAAAUUCAUUUUGUCACGUUGCAACCCAUUUAUCAGUGCACAAGAACUGCCGAUCUGGACCAUGUUGGCCAAGAGACACUGAAUAGGGGUAGCACUGGAUUUCUUCAGAGGAAUAUCUUCGCACAAAACCGCUUCAAURUCACCGGCAUUCAUUAUUUGCAGGUGGACACUGRUAAAAWGSUCGAUCAAAACUAUGAGAAAUGGCUGUCGGACAUCCUUCCGYGAAGAUUUACAUUUAACAAGUGCAAAGAUCUGUUUUGUGGAUGCAUCGGAAAGUUUCCAUGUCAAGAGGGGGAUGGUAAGAAGUUCUGAAACGAAUCGUGAUAUCAUGGAUGCAUGCAUACUUUUAAURAAGUCUUCAUUUUGAAUGAUUGCCAGCACAGUUUGGAAGAGGGCGUCUGCUUGGGCUCGUUCUUUCGGGGAUAUACACGACUCUCGAAGCUUUGAAGAMGUUGACGGAAUAGGUGCCCCACCCGUMGUAUAUACCAAGUGAUGCCGUAACAACAAUAUCAAAUCCAAAGGGGCGGAUUUUUUCGAGAUAAAGUUUUGAGKAGUUCCUUGUGUUGCUAUCGYUUGGUCGUUGGGYCGGUCCGUUGGCAAUAAGUGGGCACGGCAAAAUUCAAUGAUAGCAGCGGUGCUAUCAUUCGCAGAGUUGCGAGUUGUUGCAUUCCCAAUCGAUUUUGGUAUUGUUAUAGUUUUCAAAAAGUCGAGACAAGAUUUCUGUACCGCUGAGUCCACCAACGGAUCUGUGCAUGUCAAUAAAGCCAGCCUAAUCAUAGAUUUCAUUCGCUUCAUUCCGUUUGGCGACUGCAGCCAUACAGCAAAUGGGUUGACGUUCUCGUCUGGAGACGAAAGCCCAGGAAUCAAGACCCAAUCAUAGAUUUGUUGUAUUAAUCUAGAGUCUCUACCACUAUCUCGGAUCUUCGUAAAGAUCUCACAGCGUUGACUUGCCUUUACUUUGUAAGGAAUGGAUUGAGUCAAAAAGAGAACCUGUUGGCAGAACGCCGUACAAGUAGCUGGAGGCGGAAUAUAAUUUGUAUUUGCCUUUGCUUUCAAAAUACCCCUCAAUGUAUGCAAAUCUUGUAAUCUGCUUGUUAGAAGAGCGGUCUGKUCAGAAAGCAACAAACAGUUUGACCUAUGGGCCCUGUAAAAGGAUUGUAUCCUUGUAGACGCUUUCUUUUUGGCCUGCGCCUCAUGCCGUUGUUGGCGUUGUGCGUUGGCGAUCUCCACGGCAGAGAGCUUCUUGUCGACAGAUGAGAAAUUCACAUUAUUGGUUGGAUCAUCAAUUCCAACUUUCGGUGCGAUUGAUGUUGAUUUCGCUGUUGUUGUUGUCGCUGUUGUCGCUGUUGUCGCUGUUGCCGUUGUCUUUAUCGUUGAAGUUUCCUUUGAAUGUUCCUUUUUCCUUUCUUCGUUUUUAUGUUGCUGGGCUUUCUUUUGCUGUUCCUGCUUCAGUUUUCGACGUCUCUCCCGGUUAGCAUCCUGUCGCCUACGACUGGCGUUACCGCUUAGUUCUUCAGCRAACAUUAUCAAACAUAGGAGACUGGAGUCAAUUCAGAGUUCUCGCCACCACACUGAAUACUACGAGUACUCUUGAACCAAUGGCGUGUUAGGAACAAUCUUUGGGAAUCUCAUCAAUACCGAGUGACCGUCUYCUCGAGGGAACUUUUUGUUGAUGCUUGGGCGAUCCUGUCACCUUAUCCAAAAGGAGCUUUCCCUCCUUCAAUCGUAUCGUACUUAUCUAGUGUAGGUAUGAUUCAUAUGGUAGACAAAACCUUUACGAAAAAAAGAAAAAUGCGGUUCUACCGUACGUUCUAAUCGUACAAAAUACCUGCCCGAUGAAAUGACACAGAAUCAGAACGUCACAAUCAAAAAAUAGAUUUUCCUGUGCUAAGAACUGGUCUCUCGCAAUGGAGGACGGUUGCUAGGAGGUGGUCACAUGCUUUGCGCAUAGCAAUAGUAGGGCGUCAAUAUUGCCAUUUUGCAACAUUGAUUGCACAUAGACAUAUCGUCAGGUUCUCAAGAAGUGAGGAAACAGGAGAGCAACGUUCACCAAGGCAUCGGUGAUUCCAAUUGCACACCGARAUAAUGGAACGUUUUUCGGAAAUGAGGAGACUGUUUCCUUACCGGGCAAUUGUUUCGAGAAACCCAACUUUCCAUGACACUUGGUCGCAUCGGAAUCAAGCCUAUCAGUUCAGAUUUAAAGUGACGACGAGCAGGGCAAAAUCAAUGCUAGGCUUUUCCACAGACUCCAAGCCUACGGUGAUAGAAUUGAGGCAAGCUUACUACGAGGCAGCGAAAUUAUGCCAUCCGGAUGUGAAAGAAGACGACCAUAAGUUAGACUUUCGUGAAUUGAAAGAUGCAUAUGAGCACUUGAUAAAGGGGGGGCAUGUUACAGAUCACAUAAGUGAUGAAAUUUCUCUUGACGAGGAAAAAGAGUAUCGAAGAGCUUGUAUGGAUGUAUUAGGGCUGAAAGCGGAAAUAGUGGAAGAAUCGAAACAAAACCCUAUGUUUCUUCACUGGCUAUCAGGGAAGACAGAUGGUGCGCAGUAUUGGAGGAACUUUUUUACAGCACAUGGAGGUUUGGCGCAGAAGCUCAGACCACCCGCUGGUUAUUUGGCAUCGAAUGCGAAACACGUAGCCAAGGCAAGCGAAUCACGGCGUCGACGAAGACGCUGAAGUACAGCUAUUUGAUAAUUAUCCGUAACUCGUUAUCGAAUGAUUACUUGCAACAAAGAAUAGGAAAAGACAAUGAUACUAAGUACAGUACACCAUUUUUCAACGCGUAGAAUCUCCAUUAAGGUUGAUCUCGAUUUUUUCCAGUGAAAAGUGAUCUUCAAUGACUAUGCGAACUAUCUAAAGUAGUUGAUAAAUUUGAUUGAAGAUAAUCAUAAAACUGAUAAAAGUUCAGCUAUUUA